AUGAAGCAGCUGGAAGAUCUGGACUUCACAGACAAUAUCAGCCUUCUCUCCCACAAACAAGAUGGGCAGAAGAAGCUAAAUCAUGUUGCAGAAGAAGUGGAGAAGACUGACCUCCAAAUCAACAUCAGGAAGACAGAGGUCAUGAGGUUGCAAGUUGGUGAAAGGUUACCAGAAAUUUCAUUGUUUGAAAACAAACCUGGUAAUGUAAUUGAGUCUGUUAAUCUUGCUGAAUUAUACAAAAACAAGAAAGGAGUUCUUUUUUCGGUUGUUGGAGCAUUUACUCCAGGUUGUUCCAAUGCACACAUUCCUGAAUAUAUUAAUCAUUAUGAAACUUUUAAGAAGGCAGGAUAUGAUUUGAUUGCAUGUGUAUCAGUGAAUGAUCCAUUUGUGAUGGCAGCCUGGUCUCAGAAAACAAAAGCUGAAGGAAAGAUAAAAAUGUUAGCAGAUCCUCGUGGGGAAUUCACUAAAGCAAUUGGUAUGGAAUUAGACUGCAGCAAAAUGUUAGGAAAUAUAAGAUCUAAAAGAUAUUCUUUGGUCGUUGAAAAUAAUGUGAUUCGUAGCAUCAACCUUGAUCCUGACCAUACAGGCUUGGUAUGCCUUCUUUGUAUAAAGAAUGUGAGAUAA